AUGGAUCCGCAACCCUACAGCGAUUUUUACUCCUCCCACAACCUUCUUCAGGAAUUCCACAUGCUUCAAGAAAAGCUGCCCAUCAACUUGGAAGUCAAAGAGUCCGGCGACGAAAACGGGCGUGACAGCGACGCCGAGACGCCGCAGUCACCGUGCGAGGCAGAGGAAGUGCCCGUGCAGCAGCCGGCCACGCAGGACGCUGCUUCGCAGCGUCCUGCUGCGGCCAUGCCCGUCAGAAACCUCGACGUCUUGGAGGCAGCGUUCAACUCCCUCAGUGGGAAAGAUCGUAUCGCCAAGAUCAUCAAGUAUGUGUUGGACCUGCUGCGGCUGUUUGUCGCGCGUAGUCGCAAGGGCAUCACGCAGUGGGACCCACAGGUGCUACAGUACUAUUCGAAAGUGCUUGCGAAACUGAACUUGCGACUCUUGGUGCGGCAUCCGGUCACGAUCCUGAAAAUCGUCGUGGUCGCGGCGUUCCGUAACUUUGAGUCUCGCGCUUUGCUUGUGAGCACCAGCCUAAGCAUGUUUCGCCAGAUUUUGAGAUUCGGCGGGACCCCCUUCCGCCUCGCCAAACUGUGGUCCAAGAUCGCACGAACCACUGAGGCCCUUGCGCACAAGGCUCAGUCCGGGAACACCGCUGUCACGGCAAUUGCCAAGAUUUGGGGCUCUGAACAGUCCCUGGGCGAUUUCAUCGACCUGUACUACGGCAUAAUGGACGAACUCAUGCUCUUACAUAAGUUCAAGCUUUGGUCCCACGCCGGUUUUUACUCCUGGGUGGCCAAGCACGAAGCCCUCUCCUGGUACUACGAUAUCAUGCUAGGGCUCAAGAAAAACUGGUGUGCGUUGCAACUGCUAAACCAGUCCCAACUCGAGCUUCAAAUACAACUACAAGUGAAAGCGCGUGCGCUGCAACUUUCCAGCAAACUUCGCGGCUCUACCAACUCCCCCAUCAAACAACAACUGCUACAGGACCUGCAGGCUGAUCACGCUACAGAUACGAGCAUUCAACAAGAGCUGGACUCCAUCCAGCGUCAAAAAGGCAUUUUGUACUUGGAUCUCAUCCGUCUAUCGUUCGAUUUCCUUGCUAACACUACUGACGUUUUCCAUCUCAAGACCCCACCUGGAACUUACGCCGUCUUGUCCUUGGCAUCGGGUAUUACCGGAUUCAAUAAAAUAUGGAUAAACUGCAAACGGGACCUUUCGGGGAUUUAG